UCCUGGACACUACGUAGACCAGGCUGGCCUUGAACCCACAGAGAUCUGCUUGCCUCUGCCUCCCAAGUGCUGGGAUAAAAGCCACCUUGCCUGCAAGAAAUACUUAACAGCAGCAUACUUUGUAUUAAUAGGAAGAUUUACCUAGGAAUAGUGGUGACACUCACCUCUAUUCCCAGAACUCAGGAGGAUCAGGAGCUCAAGGUCAACCAUGGCUAUAUAGUGAGUCCAAGGCCAGCCUCAGCUAUAUGAGACCCUGUCUCAAAACAAAAUAGAGUAAAUGACAGAUAACUAGUCUUAGGGGAAUGUUAGAGACACAUUAACAUCAAAAGAGUAUUUUCUUUAAUUUCGUUAGGGAAUUAAGAAGGAAAUAACUUCCCCCUCAUGUGAUUUAAUAACAUUUAAUGUGUUUUCCACAUGUUGUGAAUGGGGAGAUGCUGUGUGUGCUUGGAGGCACUGACAGGCUGUGUUGGCAACAGGCUAUGAUCUGCCCUGCAGGGUGAGUGCUGAGCCCACUUGUGGCAUCCCAGACGACGCUUCUCUUUGGCUAUAUUUGACCACCAGCCUUGAACCGGUGCCGGGCUGUCCCAGGGGCGUGGCUGUGAGCCUGACCCUGCUCUGUAGAGGGCUGAGAUUUUUAAGUCCUGUUCUGAACAUAGACAAAACUCCCUAUAAUUCAGAUUUGCUGCUAUUUCAAGUCAAUUUUCUUAACUUUUAAAACUUCUGCCUUCUCUUCUUUACAUACCUAAUGUGAAUUACCAAAAUUUCAUUCUACUGUGGCCAUUGUUAGGCUGACUGACACUUGACAAAUUAAUGCGCAUGAUUUUGAAUGUGGGCAUUGGUUUCACUUAGCCGCGGUGUGGUAGUUCUGACCUGCUUUCUGUCUCUGUUUGGCCAACAGAAGCUCGUUAAUUAGAGUCUGUGCUUUCUGCAGGGUAGCUCCAGGUGGUGCACCUCCCUUGGUUUUCUAAGGCGAGAUUCUCGCCUUCUUGGAGGCUGCCUGGCCGGCCGUCUGAGCGCUGCUAAUCAAAGCCUCAGGGGACUGAUUUCUAUGGAAGCAAGCAGCCCUGUUGCAGGCACUGUAUGGCAGGCCCAGGGUGUGAAGGUCUAGCUGUGGAGACAGAGCAGGCGGCAUGGCAGGGCUGCUCUGCUGUGGGGGUGAGGUGCUAACUCCAGAGUGGAGAGGCUCCUUUGAACCCCUGGGUGGCUUUGAAUUAGCACUGCCCACAUAGGUGGGGUGCAGAUUCCACAGCACAGGUGCUCAUUUUCACUUCAAACCAUCACGUGCGUUUUAAAGUAAUGAAGGCAUAAAGAGGAAACUGGGUUGUCUUUACCAUUUCUAGUGGGCUUUGUUCCUUUUGAAGACAAAGGUUUCUAAAUGGUGUCACUCGCUCCAGCCUGCUGUUUCUGCCAGCAUUUAUUGUUGUCUGCAUGUUAAAAAACGAUGUGUUAGAAACACAUUCUUUCUUUUCUUGUUGUUAAAUCUGGCAGUGUCUUCAUGUCAUCUCCUUCCUGGAGGCGGUCCCACUGACCUCCAAGCUCUGAUUGACAGCUCUCUCUCAACCCUGGGCCCAUGAAGCCUCUCUUCCUCCACCACCUGUGCGGAUAGUGCAGCCGGUCCUCACUCCCUGCUUCUUCCAAAAUGGCCGUUUUGGUUUUGGUGACCAGGGGCGACAAUGUGUAGACUGAUUUUUGUGUUUGCCAUCUUGGGGUUCACUUUGAGCUCAAGGCUCUCUCGGCUCUUAGGACGUUCAGAGAAUUUUGUCAUCUCUAGUGAGUUUUAGAAUUUCAAAUGCUGUUUUCAAUUCUAGGAUUACUAUUUGGUGCCUUUUGAAUGGAGAGGAAUAUUCUUGUGUGUGUGCCUGCACACUGUGUUUGUGUAUGAGGGUAUGUAUUUGCCAUGUCACGUGGGAGGGUCCCCCUUGUUUGCCACUGCACUGCGUACUCAGGGCUAACCGGUCUGCACACUUCUGGGGGAGUCUCAUGUUUGUUUCCCACAGGAGUGAAGGGAUCACAGACAAGCCACCACGUCCAGCCACAUGGCUUUGUGAUGACAUGGACCAUCCUGCUUGCAGUGCUACUGAUUUUACUGCUGAACCAUCUUUUUUCCAAAGAACACUUCUUGUUUGAGAGUCCUUUCCUUUUCACAAAUUAUUGACAUCUCCAUGUUGAACACACAAGUAAACCAGCAGGGCUGAAAUGUGAGACCAUCCCGUCUUUCCACCCAGCCUCGAACCUUCCUGUGCUGUAUGGGGUUUCCACACGGAGUCAUGACUCAGUCAUUCAGUCCAGAUGGAUUCGAAGAUUGUGGUCCAGACUGUGACAACGGGAAGGUCACGCUUUCUUGGACAUCCCUGGCCAGGAUAACCUGCCCCUGCUCACUCGCUUGGAAAAGCACGCGUUCAGCGAGAAUGUCUUCAGCCGUCAGAUUGUUGCCAGAGGAUUACUGGAUAUCUUCCGGGACGUCGGCUGCAGUGACCAGGACAUCCUGGCGGUGAUGGAGGUGGCAUUCCGACUAUCAGAAGAUGCAGAGCCCACGGUGCGGACUGAGCUGAUGGAGCAAAUCCCUCCCCUCGUCGCUUUCUUACAAGAAAGCAGGUUGGAUUUCCCAUUGGUGGUCUCCCAGGACCUCGUGCCUGUGAUAGCACGGUACCUCGAGGAUGCAGACAAGCAGGUCAGAAAAUCCAGCCAGGAAGUGCUGCUGGCUCUUCUGGAGCAAGAUCUAAUUUCCCAGUGUGACAUCGAAGGCAAAGCGUGUCCUGUUCUGCUGGAGCGCUCUGGCCCUGACCGCCAUGACGACCACAGAGCUGAGGUAUGCACUAUGCAUUUUGGCGAUAUUUGUCAUGCUGUUGGACAAGAAGCCACUGAGAAAUUUUUGAUACCGACGUUUUUUGAGCUCUGCUCGGAUAACAUGUGGGGGAUGCGGAGAGCGUGUGCAGAGUGCUUCAUGGCCGUGUCCUACAACACCUCCCCUGAGGUCCGCAGGGCUCAGCUCUCUCCUCUCUUCAUCAGACUCAUCAGUGAUCCCUGCCGAUGGGUGCGCCAGGCUGCCUUCCAGUCACUCGGCCCCUUUAUCUCCACGUUCGCAAACCCAUCCCGGGCUGGCCUGUGCAUCCGGGAGGAUGGCACCCUGAGCAUCAGGCCUCCGAGCCAAGAGGUGGAGUCCGGCUUUGCCUCUGGACCACCCAGGCCCAGCAGCUGCGGUGCCACUUCCCCGGCCGGUUCUAAGACACCCGCGCCCAUGGGGCCAGAUCUGCUUCCAGCAUGCACCUCGGCGAGACCAGUCAUCUGCAUGUCAACAGUUCUUUCUCAGACAUGGCAGAAAAACCAGUCAGGGAGCCCUUCCUCAGCCAGAGCGGAAAUGACUGUGAUGUCUGCAGGCAACAGCCCUUUCCCAGAGCUCCCAGGGACUGUCACCUUGAAGCAGGUCCAGGGACUUCUGAGGCCAUGUUCAGCACUUUCCUGUAUUGGCACUCCUCUGCCUGACAUAAGCAAGGAUGUGGAGGUCCUUCUGAGUGGGCCUGGACCACUGGAAGACAGCCACAGUGGACCCGAGGCUGCGUGUGACAGCUGUGUGGCCAGGAACGAGAUCCAGAAAGUCCUGAAGGGUCUGCAGGGACCCCUGCUGCAGGACCCAGACAUUCAAGCUCAGGUUCAGGUAUUAUCUGCUGCACUGAGAGCAACACAGCUCAGCUCCACGAGUGAACCCGAGAGCAAGCAGCCAGAAGGUCUAAACGAAGAGUCCGCUUCAGAUCCCAGCCCUGUCUCUGACAAUCACAUCCUCCUGUCGGCUUCAUCAUCUCAGAAUGAGCUCUCCGUGGCCAGGAUAUUACAGAGCACAGAUCAACCUGAGCCUCAAAAUAGAGCCAGUGGGCACCUGAGGACCGAGCAGGGGCAGGAACCUACCGUGCAUGAGGAGAAUAAGGCUAAAGUCCAGGAUAUAAUCCCUCAGCCUCUGCUUGACCAGUUCGUGUCGAUGACUGACCCAGCUAGAGCCCAGACUGUGGACACUGACAUCGCCAAACACUGUGCCUACAGCCUCCCCGGGGUGGCCCUGACCCUGGGCCGGCAGAACUGGCACUGCUUGAAGGAUACAUACGAGACCCUGGCUUCUGAUGGUCAGUGGAAGGUCCGGCAGACCCUCGCCUUUUCCAUUCAUGAGCUGGCAGUGAUUCUCGGGGAUCAGUUGACGGCAGCUGACCUGGUCCCCGUCUUCAAUGGGUUUUUAAAGGAUUUGGAUGAAGUGCGUGUAGGAGUCCUUAAACACCUGUAUGACUUCCUAAAGUUACUCCACGAGGACAAGAGGAGAGCGCACCUCCGCCAGCUGCAGGAGUUCGUGGUGACUGACAACAGCAGGAAUUGGAGGUUUCGGUAUGAACUAGCAGAGCAGCUGAUUCUGAUCUUGGAUCUCUAUGGCCCCAGCGACGUUCACGGUUAUCUGAGGCACGUUGCCCUGAAGUUGUGUGCAGACAAAGUUUCUCAAGUGCGCUGGAUUUCCUUCAAGCUAGUGGCGGCCAUGCUGCGCAAGUUCUACUCCCAUGGUGCCCGUGCCCUGGGGCUCAGCUUCAUCCAGGAGCUCGUCUCUAGGUUCCGGCACUGCCCUAAGUGCGUUGGAAGGCAGGCUUUUGCCUGCAUCUGUCAGGCUGUGGUGAGUGAAGACUCCGUCCCUGUGGACCAGUUUGUGGAACACAUGCUUCCCAGCCUCCUGAGCCUGGCGGCGGAUCCUGUGCCAAACGUGCGGGUGCUGCUGGCCAAGGCCCUGCGGCAGACACUGCUGGAGAAGGCAUAUUUUAGAAAUGCCGGGAACCAUCAUCUUCAAGUUGUUGAAGAGACUCUCUUGGCUCUGCAGUCUGACCCAGACCAAGAUGUUUCAUUUUUUGCUUCCCUAGAACCAAAGAUGCAGAAUGCCACAGACUCCACUGUACUGGAAAACUAGAACUAGUUGUAUUGGCACUUAUAGAGGAGGUUUACUUAAGGUGACCUGGCAACCGUAUGCUUCCCGCCCCAGCAAACCUGACCCAGGUUACAAAGGCUCUGGAUCCAGGCACCAAUGACUCUCUGGCUUCCACACCAUCAGCUGUGGUGUGGACUUUGCUUUUUAGGAGAGACUGUGUCACUUAAAAUCUCCCCGAGAGCCUGGUAUAAUUGGGAGGCUGGGGCAGGGAGAACAAGAGUUCCAGGUCAAUGUGGAGAAUCCCAGGCCUGCCUGAGCUACAUAACAAAACCCUGUCCAAGGAAACAAAGCAUAAAUACAGCUCCCCUCGCCAAUAAAGUAAUUCAGUAGAAGCUUGUACAUAUUCUCUGGGCUUGCUGCCCCAAUCUUUCCUGAGAAAAUGGGGUUUAUGGCAUUGCAUUUUAUCUCCAACUGAAAUACUGUACACAUGUAAAUAACUUGACAGGAAGAAGAUAUGUGUGACACUAGUCUCCCCAGGGGAAAACAUGUCGUGUGAAGGCUCGUCCUGCUUGGGAGCUGCUCACGCAGCUGUCUUGAUGACCUUCGAACUGUGUCCUAGUAAAGAAUGGUUACCUCUGCUGUGGGGCUCCUCUGGGGUAUGGAAGUUUUGUUACACACUGCUACACUCAGAAUGUUUCCUUCAGCCUUCACCCCUUCCCUAUCAGGGACUGAAAACAUUGUUGGUCUUUGAGAGCAGUUGAGUCCGAGGUUGUUUUAAUGAGGGCUCAGGUGAGGUGGGGUGGGGGCUGAGGGCUGAGAUGCAUGGAUAGUGACUUAACACUUUAGACUCAAGAAAGAAAAGAAAGAACAAAGGAAAAAAAAAGAAAGAGUAGAAAAGAAGCCAUGCUCUUGACCGUUGGUUUGGGAGCUAAGUUAUGUACUCCUUACAUUGGCUUAAGUACAAACAGCUUAGAUUUCCUCCUUUUGGAUUUCAGAUGAACAGAAAGAUGCUAUACAGUUUAAACAGAUCUUCAUCCACUAACAAUUCUGUAUUCUGUAGACAUCUGAUUAUGGUUCUGUACCUCUGUCUUUCCCAGCUUUGUGUUUCUGAUUUUAACUUGGCAAAGGUGGUGGAGCAGCCCUGGGCCCAGGAGCUUCUUUAAAAAACAAAACAAAAAACACCUGCAAAGUCACACGUUGAAUUUCCUGGUACACAGGUCCGCAAGUACCACUGACCGCGUUACUUAAAAAGAAGGAAGGCUCUGAGAAGGCUCUGUGCUGUGCCAGAGAGAAUGGAAAUGAGUGACGAACCCAAAUGGCAGGCACAGGCAACGUUGGGCGGCUUUGGCACAGAAUUAAUUUAUUAAAGUUAGAGGCAAAGAUUAAAAAAACAAAACAAAA